UAACGGAAACAGCUCAUAUUUGUCACGGGACUUUCCAAAAGUGGUACGUGCUCCAACACACGGUUUUGCUCUAUGAGAUCGACACAUGCGCUGAUGCAUGGAGCUCAUAGCUCAUAUUUGGUCACGGAACUUUCCAAAAGUGGUCCGUGCAGCUGGACACAUCAGUGUUGCAGCAGCCAUCACUAGAGAGGAUUCUUCUUCCGGUGAAAGUCUCGUCAUUCUCCAUCUCCCUUCCAAUCUCUUCACACCAGCAAAAGUUUGCCUCUCGGAGCAGACAACUAACUGGAAACUUUCAGUCUUUCCGCCACUGCUGAGUUGAGCUAAAGGCCACAAAGAACAAAAGCCUCACCAUGUCUGGAGAACUCAGGCUGGUUCUGGUGGGAAAUACAGGAGUUGGCAAGAGUGCGUCCGGCAACACCAUCUUGGGCAGCGAGCACUUCCUGUCAGAGGUCAGCUUCUCCUCGGUGACCCGCGAAUGUCAGCAGGGAAGCACUGAGCGGCUACUGGACACUGACCAGGAAAGACCAACAAGAGUGGAGGUGGUUGACCUACCAGGCUUCGGGGACACUCACAUGAGUGAGGAUGAGAUAAAUACUAUGAUGGCUAAAUGUUUGGCUUUCUGUACUCCAGGACCACAUGCUUUUCUCUUGGUGGUGCCGAUCGGCCGUUAUACAGAUGAUGUGAACAAGGCUGCGCUAAAUGUGGCCAACAUAUUUGGGGAGGAAGCCCUCAAAUCUCACACCGUGGUUCUUUUUACCAGAGGGGAUGAGCUUAAGGGGAGGAGCAUUAAAGAAUACCUGAGAAAUGCUCCGGCUGACCUUAAAGGUCUGAUCAAAAAAUGUGGCGACCGGUACCACUUGUUCAACAAUGAAGACCCCGGUAAUGAGGCACAGGUUGGACAACUCUUGAUGAAAGUGAAGAAGAUGGCGGAGAAGACUGCAACUGGGUUUUAUACCAAUGAUAUGUUCAAGAAGGCAGAGGCCAUCUUUCGGGAGGAGGAGAGGAAGAGAAGCACGGUCCGUUCCGAUAGUCUGUCUCCACCCGCAUCUGUGGGAUACCUCAAAUUCGCAAAGGCCUUCCUUACGGAGGAGAAUAUAAUUGCAUUAAGGAAGAAGCUGAUAAUUGUAGUGGCCGCUGCCGGUGUAGGCUUGGCUUUGGGGGUAGCAUUUGGCUUGGCUGCCCCCUUAGCAGCUGCAGGCGCAGCAUGUCUUGUAGGGGCUGCAGCUAUGGCAGCAGCUGCCUCAGGAGGAACUGCAUUAACAGUCGGGGCGGUGGUUGGUGCAGGUGUGGGUGGCCUCGUUGGCAUUGUCAACGGUCUUGAUGCUAAGACUCCAAUGGAGGGCGUUAAGGAAACUGCCAAAACGGUUAGUAAAAUAGGAUGUGUUGCAGUAGUAGCGGGUGUGUGUGUCGGGGCUGCUGUGGGUGGAACCGCAGAAGUAGUUUCUGUUCUCCUGGGAACAUCUUCCAGCCCAUCAGCAGUUACAUCAGCUGGUGUGACCAGUGGCCCUGUUGCUCAAUCCCGCAUCAUACCUGUAGUGAAGACCGUGGGAAAGGCAGCAGCAGUCGUAGCAGGAACAGGGGCAGCAGCAGCUGGGGCAGCAGUAUCUUUUAAAGUGAAAAUUGGUAAAAGAAAAACUCGUGACUCGACAGAAAUGUACAUGGACGUGGAUUUGGAUAAAAAGAAUCAUUGAAAUGUCUCAAAUUCACCUCCAAUGGUUUGAUAGUUGUCCACAAUUUUAAUGGCAACCAUUGGAGGGAUUUCAUACAUUAUCAAAUCAAUAUUGCCUUUCAUCUUGCUUCUAAUGAUUUGCACCUUUAACAAGCAUUUCAUUUUUACGUCGAUAGUCGGGAAUAUGUCUUUUUUAGCUCUGUAAAAAUCUAAAAAUAUUUGUUCUGUUUUCUUUGAUUUUUCCAAACUAAAAUGUGUGCUAAAAUCUUAAAACGUCUCUUUAACAUACCUGCCAACAACUACGGUUUUCCCCUAAUGAGUACGAUUUUGAUCAUCCAGUGGUAAAAACUACGGUCUUCCAUUAAAAAUGUUUAACUUAAAAAUGGAAGCUACGUAGUGAAGCAACUACACGGGCAGGGUGACAAAAUAUAGAGGAAACAUCAAUGAUUGGUUUACGUAUAAGAACAUCCAUGAUUGGUUGUUGUUUACUAUGAUGAGUCACCAUUGGUUAAGAUUAGGGCAAAACAUUAGAGACAGGCCAAUCAGAGACAAGAGAGGGCGGGUUAUGGAACCAGGAAGUGACAUCACAACAGACAGAGAAGAGGGACUAUUCAAGAUUUAUUUAUUUAAUAGAACUAGUGGAAGCUCUUCUUUAGAUGUUUCUUUUAGUGACGUAGACCACGUCCAGGAAACCCACAAUAUGUCUACUUGGACACAUUUAAACAAAUGUAUGAUAAAACAAUCUUUGGACUCGUUUGCCAUGUAAGCACAAAUCCAAACUGGAAGAGGUGGACUACACCUUUAAGAACACACAUGGUUGUGGCAGACAUGUUUGCUACUGUAUAGUCUGUCUAAAUGCUAACUUUCAUUUUCAUUGCUGUUCUACAACAAGACACUUGCUGACAUUUUGUUCAUUAUUUCUACUCUUUAUAUUCUCACAUUGAAUAGUUGAAUCAUUUUGAAACAUAAACAACACGACUGCAAGAUAUUUGUUAUUUCAAAAUAUUGCUACUCAGAUAAAUGAAGUUAGAUAAUAAUGAUUUUUGCACUUGGAUCAGUCAGAAGUGGAAAGGGAGUCGAAGAGACAGGAAUUGGCUACAAAAUCCAAGGCAGAAACAAAAAGGAAAAUGCAAUUUGCUGGGAAAUUUGCCAGGAAGGUUCAUGUCGGAGGCAGCAAUACAAAAUUAAUGUCUUCUUUGCUUUUCAAACCUUUUGAUAUUAUUUAGAGCAGAAAACAAAAACAUUUUAAGACGUUUUAUUUGAAAUAAUAUACCUGCACAAACUUUUUCCCAAUCAAAUGGAAAAUAACCACCUGUCAGAAAUGUAUUCUUUCUAGUCUUGAGGUUCAGGAUUUACUUUCUAAAAUUAAAUAUGCUGAAAUAAUAUGAUUGGAUUUGGAUUAUAUUUGUCUUCUGUUCAUCUUAGAUACAUUUUCCUUGUUUUGUUUGAUUGAAGCAUCAUGGGGGAGUGUUAUAUACAAUCUGCUGCACCUGGGUGGGAACAUGUUUUUCACCAUCGUGGGAGAGGUACAUUAUUUUUGAACAUGCUUAUUUUGAAUUUUGCUUUUCCCCCCAUGCAGUACACGACAACCUUGGCCUUUUCAUUUUCUUUUGGUGAAUGGUUGCAUUUGAAAUUGUAUGUUGUGAUGGCGACCACCAAAUAAAGCAUUCUUCUGGU